AUGUUCAUGGCUGUCCUUCGCAAGCAAGGAUUCUUGCCGAUCUUAGUGGAGUUCUUUGUGUCCUAUCUUGUUGGUCGGUCCACAGUUUACUGUUGGAACACCUUUCAAUCCGACUCGCGGUCUGCGGACGUGGGUGUCGGGCAGGGCUCAGCUCUCUCGCCUGUUAUCUAUGGGCUUUUCAUUGCUCCAGUGAUGAAGCUCUUCUAUAUCAAAGCGGCGCCGCUCAACAUGAUGCUGCUCUCCUUUGUGGAUGAUGGGAUCAUUCUGGCCCAAUCCAAACAACUUGAUGAUAAUAAUGUGGGCCUGCAUAAGGCCUACAAGAUUAUCUACCUUCUCUUUGUUGCUUUCGCACUCGUUCUUGAACAUGACAAGACCGAGGUGUUCUACUUUUUGCGUCGACGAGAUGCCUACAAUCCCUCGCUGGACUUGGGGUAUGCCCCGCAUACUGGUGCCACACCUUUGAAGCCCAAGACCUAUUGGAGGUACUUGGGCUUCUACUUUGACUGCGGGCUCACGUUCCAGGAGCACGUUCGCUACUACGCCACCAAGGCGUUUACCACCGUGCAGGCCAUGCGCAUGCUCGGAAACUCUACUAGAGGUCUUUCGCCUAAACAGCGCCGCCUCUUAUACCGGUCGUGUGUGGUCCCCAUUGCCACAUACGGCUAUCGUCUCUGGUAUUUCAAUGGCACCCGCAAUAAGGGCACGAUGAACCAGCUGAAACGGAUGCAGCGAAAAGCUGCUCUAUGGAUCACGGGUGCUUUCCGCACCUCACCUACAGGCAGUCUUGAGGCCCUCGCUGGUCUCAUUCCCGUUCAUCUCAUGCUGAAGAAGCUGGCUACGCGUGCAGUGUAUCGCGUCGCCACCCUCUCAGACACUCACCCUCUUCGCUCCAUGAUGGGCGAGGGGCUCCUCAAACGGGCUGAACCUCACGCCCGCUCAGCCGCUUUGAUGACCCCAGCUAUGAGGGGGAAAGUCAAGAGCACUGUCAUGGAGGUGGACGAGCGCGUCCACACCCUAACUGAGAGCUUCGAGCCUUGUGCGCCCGAAGCUCGCCCAGGCGAUCGGCUACUGGACCGCUAUGCGGACCGUCUCCAUUUUGACGAGCGUGACCCUGCCCAGGAUAGGCGCCCAUAUCUAGACGAGCUCAUCGCAAAAGCGAGGGCCGACCCACUAACAGUACUGGCUGCAACUGAUGGCUCUGUCCCUCAGUCCAACCAGUAUCAGGCAGCUUCAGCUGCCAUCAUCUACAAGGGACACCGCGAGCUCGAAAGGACUCACUAUGUCUCUGGCAGAGUUACCGCCCCAGAUGCGGAACUCAAUGCCAUUGCGUGUGCAGUGCACCUUGCUGUCAAGCAAGCAAACUGCCAACAUAUCAUGGUCUUUACUGACUCUAUGGGCUUGGCCCAUAGAGCGGUUGACCCCUCUGUGCAUUCUGGUCAGGGUUUUAGCCUGUCAGUUUGUCGCGUUCUCCAAGAGUGGUUUGAGGCGGAUGACCUCCGCUGCAUCACCUUUGUCUACAUUCCGUCCGCCCUGCGGUGGGACAUCCACGGUGAGGCACAUAAGUACGUCACCGAACUUAAAGUCAGGGUUGGACGUCUCCUGGAUUCGUGGAGCUCCACUUUCCAGGAUCCAACCUACCGAGGCUCUGAAUUCUUAGAGCUUCAACAGCCUGACGGGCGGCCGCUACAGCCAUUGUACCUCAAUGGGGGACCUUGGCUUUCAACAUUCGGACACAGUAUCACUGAGUUUGCCCGCCUUUGCCAGUGUAUAACUGGCCACGCGCCCAUUGGAGCGUAUUACUGCCGCUUCAAGAUCAACGAGCCUCAUGGCUGCACUUGCGGGGCUGCUUUGCAGUCUCGCCAGCACGUCCUCUUUCGCUGUCGCGAUCGCUACUCCAUGCAUUACCCCCGCUUUCUUGGGGAUAUUGCAUCUUUUAUGAAGUACAACCCCAAGGCGUUUGGCUUCAACUGGGACCCCUCAGGUGUCGGGUAA